AUGAGAAACGAUCAAGUCGAAAAUAGACGAGACGUGAAACGAGCACAGCGAUCACAAGAAAUGGCAUUUCUCGCCUACGUUUGGUCGUCGCUCUCUUCAGCACUACUCGAUCGGUUUUGUUUUCGUUGUUUUGAUAAGGCGAAAUCGAGGCCAGCAGAGGUACUGACCAAAGAUGAUGACGAUGCUGAUGAAAGUGAUAAAGAUAUGAGUUUAUCACUUGUUCCUACGGAUGGCGAUCGUCGUGGCAAAGUGCUUGCAACACCCACAUUCACCACUGCAACCAGUCAAUUGGAAGAAUCGAGCGAGCACUGA